AUGUUGUAUCUUCAUGUAAGUUGUGUGAUUCUUUCAGGUAGCCCCCGAGGUCUGUGGCUGCGCGUGCGCACGUGGCUGGGACUGGCGGCGGAGUGCGGGCCGGCGCGCUGCCCGCGCUCCGCAGAGCCCGCCUCCCCUGCGCGUGCUGACGCCCCCUGCCCGCCCCCUUUGCCCUUCCUUGUGCCAUCCGAUUCUGUUGUAGGAAUGGCAUCGGUGCUGGGAGCCCCGCUCAGCCCCGAGCAGACGUUCGGCUCCAUUAAGUCGCUAGCGAUAUCGCGUGAGGUGGCCAGUUUCCCGCUAUCACGCUCGCCUACUCCGCCACCAUUAAGCUGUCCACCAUUUAAAGACGAAUCGAAGAAUUUUACUGAGAGCAUACCGAACGCGGUGACGCCGAGACCUGAUCUCGAGUGCGGCGCCCCCGCCUUUAGCUACCGCGUGGUCGAGUGUAAGAUGACCACCGCGGAGGAAGUGCGCGCCCCCGCCGCCCGCGCCCCCACCGCCCCCGCCGCCCCCGCCGUUCCCGGCAACACCACACACUACGACAGGCAGAGACCCCACACAGUGGCCGUCAUACCGCACGACGGCAACGGUUAACACGAAACUAAACCAUAGACAAUUUGUUCAAAGUGUCAAUACUGAGGUUGGAGCGCUGUACAAACAAUCGGAAUGUGCUAUAAUGUGAAACAAUUUAUUGUUGUGUCCUUUUUGUACAAAAAAUGUGCUAGAAAUGGAUGAAUACCGCGCAUUUAUGGUUAUCAGUUGGUGAACGGACGGUCACUUCAUCUCCAUAUUUUAUUCUCUAAUCUGCUCAAAUGAUCACAUUCGUCUUCCGCUGCGCUCACCUAUUUGACUACUUCCCAGAUUAAAAAAUUAGAAAUCCAUUUUUUAAAUAGUAGACACUAUUUUUUUUAUUAAAUGACAAUUUUAUUCUGCAUUUACAUCCAGUAACUAAGUAAUUUAUGUUUAAAUGCUUCAAUACGACUUUUAAAUUUAAUCUGUAUAUUCAUGUAUUUAAUAUUAUACUCGUACUAUAUCUUAGAAAUGAAGUCUAUUAUUUCCCAGCAAUAUAUUGCGCCAAACUUUAUGUAAUACAAAUUAAUUUUAGGUGUAAUAUUGCAAUGAAAUAAAAAAUGGAUUGCCUAAUUAUCUAUCUUAUCUGAUUUAUGUUAAAAUCUUAAUGCUCGUAAAUAGGCUUUCUAGUCCAUUAAUAUAAUUCUUCAUCAUAAAAAACACACACAUUUUGUGUGGUUUCAUUACUUCGAUGUUCCUGCAUGGUUCGAUGUGGUUGGUCGAUGUUUACAAACGAAACAUAAUUCAUAUUUUUAUUGUCAUGUGGACAGUAAAAUAUUGUAUUUAUUAUUUUAAAUUAACUAUAAUUUCCCAGUUAGAGUAAACGACAGCUAUACUACAAAAACUUUCAAUUUUAAUUCAAAGUUUUUGUAUAUAGACCCUUACAAACAUCGCCAUUGGCAACAUUGCCCUCACCUGACACAUUUAAUAUAUCAUGUUUUAAAUUGAGUGUUGCUGUUAUUUAGAUUUAAUAUUAAUAGUCGUGUGUGCUAAGGAUCAAACACGUACGCUAGCAUUAGAUUCCGAAUUGUGAUAUAAUUUUUUUAAUAAUGAAAUGACAUUUAAUUUCAGCGCCAUGUUUGAUUUUUGAGUUUUUUUUUUAAUUAUGAAGUAACUGUCUGUAAAGUACUGUCAUUUAAAUUGAGCUUUUGUUUUAAUUGAAAUAGUGUUGUGUUAGAGUCUAAACUCUAUACUUCUCUAUAUUGACUAAUAUUAAUUUGGUGAAGGAGCCAAAAGUGUUGCCAAACUACACUAGCCGUUACAUCACGUCCAUCAUUAGCUAGUAAUAGUUUUAUUUCUGUAAAAAUGCAAAGAAUUGUGCUCACAAAAGACAAUUUAGUGGAAUAAAAGGAUGAAUGGAAACAAGAGAUGUAGCUGAUUGUAGGUAUGUUUAUUAGUACUAAGUUUUGGUGAUGAAGGCAUUUAUUGGCCGAGUUAUUGAAAAUUAUACGAAAUGUAAUUUUUUAUAAUCCAUAAUUAAGUACCACGCCUAAGUGAAUUAUACUAUAUUGUACUUGAUUAAGCUUAUUUAAUAUUGUUAUAGAUAUAAGAAUGAUGAAAAAAAGUUUGGAUUAAAA